AUGUUUGUGUUUACAGAAUAUCUAACCAUUGGACUGUCGUCCGUCAAAAGAAAAAGAGGGAAUUACCUCACGGAGACGAUCAAAUCCAUUUUUGACCAGUCCAGUUAUGAGGAGCUGAAAGAGAUUGUGGUUGUGGUCCAUCUGGCAGACUUUGACCUGGCCUGGUGUGAAAACCUGGUGCAGGACAUCUCCAGGAAGUUUGCCCACCACAUCAUCGCUGGGCGUCUCCUGGUAAUCCAUGCCCCUGAGGAGUACUAUCCAUCACUGGAUGGGCUGAAAAGGAACUACAAUGACCCAGAGGACAGGGUACGCUUCCGCUCCAAGCAGAACGUGGACUAUGCCUUCCUCCUAAACUUCUGCACCAACCUCUCUGAUUUUUACAUGAUGCUGGAGGACGAUGUACGCUGCUCAAGGAACUUCCUGACAUCCCUGAAGAAGGUGGUCACCUCCAGGGAAGGCUCCUACUGGGUGAUGCUGGAGUUCUCCAAGCUUGGCUACAUAGGGAAGCUCUACCAAUCAAGAGACCUUCCGCGCCUGGCCCACUUCCUGCUCAUGUUCUACCAGGAGAUGCCCUGUGAUUGGCUCCUUAUUCACUUCCGGGGCCUGCUGGCCCAGAAAGAUGUGAUCCGCUUCAAGCCCUCUCUAUUCCAGCACAUGGGCUACUACUCCUCAUAUAAGGGAGCAGAGAACAAGUUGAAGGAUGAUGACUUUGAAGAAGACUUUAUUGAUAUCCCUGACAACCCUCCUGCCAGCCUGUACACAAGCAUUAAUGUAUUUGAAAACUAUGAUGCCACCAAGGCUUAUAGCAGUGUGGACGAAUACUUUUGGGGGAAACCCCCCUCUACCGGAGACUUCUUUGUCAUUGUCUUUCACGAACCAACCAAAAUUAGCAAGAUCAAAAUCGUGACAGGAACGGAUGAUCGUCAGAACGAUAUCCUGCACCAUGGAGCUCUGGAAGUAGGAGAGAAGCUGGUGGGGACAAAGAGAGGAGCGCAGUGUUCUUCCUACAUCACAUUAGGGGAGUUUAAAAAUGGCAACAUUGUGGUUCAAGACGUGGAUCACAAGAUUGCCUUUGACAUUCAGUGUGUACGUAUGGUGGUGACUGGCAGUCAAAAGGAAUGGCUGAUUAUAAGGACUAUAAGUCUGUGGACUACAUAGUUUGCAAACUGAGGGCCCAUACCAUCUGGACUAAAGUGUUGAAUUAAUUUACCUAUGAAUUUAUAUACACUACCGAUCAAAAGUUUUAGAACACCUACUCAUUCAAGGGUUUUUCUUUAUUUUUACUAUUUUCUACAUUGUAGAAUACUGGUGAAUAUAUCAAUACUAUGGAAUAACACAUAUGGAAUCAUGUAGUAACCAAAAAAGUGUUAAACAAAUCAAAAUAUAUUUUAUAUUUGAUAUUCUUCAAAUAGCCACCCUUUGCCUUGAUGACAGCUUUGCACACUCUUGGCAUUCUCUCAACCAGCUUCACGGGGUAGUCACCUGGAAUGCAUUUCAAUUAACAGGUGUGCCUUCUUAAAAGUUAAUUUGUGGAAUUUCUUUCCUUCUUAAUGCAUUUGAGCCAAUCAGUUGUGUUGUGACAAGGUAGGGGGGGUAUACAGAAGAUAGCCCUAUUUGGUAAAAGACCAAGUCCAUAUUAUGGCAAGAACAGGUCAAAUAAGCAAAGAGAAACAACAGUCCAUCAUUACUUUAAGACAAUUUCAAGAACUUUGAAAGUUUCUUCAAGUGCAGUCGCAAAAACCAUCAGGCACUAUGAUUAAACUGGCUCUCAUGAGGACCGCCACAGGAAUGGAAGACCCAGAGUUACCUCUGCUGCAGAGGUUAAGUUCAUUAGAGUUACCAGCCUCAGAAAUUGCAGCCCAAAUAAAAGUAACAGAUACAUUUCAACAUCAACUGUUCAGAGGAGACUGUGUGAAUCAGGCCUUCAUAGUCGAAUUGCUGCAAAGAAACCACUACUAAAGGACACCAAUAAUAAGAAGAGACUUGCUUUGGCCAAGAAACAUGAGCAAUGGACAUUAGACCAGUGGAAAUGUGUCCUUUGGUCUGGAGUCCAAAUUGGUUUCCAACCGCUGUGUCUUUGUGAGACGCAGUGUGGGUGAACGGAUGAUCUCCGCAUGUGCAUUUCCCACUGUAAAGCAUGGAGGAGGAGGUGUUAUGGUGUGGGGGUGCUUUGCUGGUGACACUGUCUGUGAUUUAUUUAGAAUUCAAGGCACACUUAACAAGCAUGGCUACCACAGCAUUCUGCAGUGAUACGCCAUCCCAUCUGGUUUGGGCUUAGUGGGACUAUCAUUUGUUUUUCAACAGGACAAUGACCCAACACACCUCCAGGCUGUGUAAGGGCUCAGAUGACCUGGCCUCCACAAUCCCCCAACCUCAACCCAAUUGGGAUGAGUCGGACAGCAAAGUGAAGGAAAAGCAGCACACAAGUGCUCAGCAUAUGUGGGAACUCUUUCAAGACUGUUGGAAAAGCAUUCCAGGUGAAGCUGGUUGAGAGAAUGUCAAGAGUGUGCAAAGCUGUCAUCAAGGCAAAGGGUGGCUAUUUGAAGAAUCUCAAAUAUAAAAUAUAUUUUGAUUUGUUUAACACUUUUUUGUUUACUACAUGAUUCCAUAUGUGUUAUUUCAUAGUUUUGAUGUCUUCACUAUUAUUCUACAAUGUAGAAAAUUGUAAAAAUAAAGAAAAACCCUGGAAUGAGUAGGUGUUCUACUUAUAUUGAUUAUAUUGGAUGCUCUAUGGUUUAUUUUAUAUUCCAUUAUACUUUACAUACAGUAGCCUACAUUUUUUUGAAUUUGAAACAGUUAGGGUAUUGGGUUGUCAACAUUGUAUGUUUUUUAUAAAAUAAAAUGCAGACAAAUGUCUUUGGGUUUCUAAAAGGGUUUCUAAAAGAGAACUUAUUAAAUAUGUGUUUUUCACAGGUUUACAGAAAAUACACUCAUACGUUUCCUCAAUAGCAACAAUUAUACAAGACAGGAGUGUUAGAAGAUGACUGUGUUACUUUUCAAGUGGAGAACACAACACUUAUUUUUUCCCGUCUUCUGAGGAGCUGACAUACAGUGCAAUACACUCUGAGGAAUGAGGUAGACCUUUCUUUCUCUACACAUACAGUAUUUACUUCAGUGAACUGGAUGAUGUUUGGUUCUCCUGGAAUUACAUUAAACUUUUUCUCUAUGAACAACCCUCCAACAAAAUGAUAACAAAACUUGAACAUUGGUUGAACAACUGCAUCAUUUGUGGGGCAUUGGUUUCUACUUAGAGCAGCGAGAGGAGAGGAGUGCCCCCUACUGGUUCUUCAAAACCACUUCCAGCAGUACAGUAUACGGUCAGAGAGGAGUAGACGGAGCAAGAUGCCCAACUCCCACCUCACUUCCUUUCCGCCUGUGCCCUGGUGCUUUAAUUGCUGAUAGUUGUUCAUGUUGGUUGUUGACCAGCAGGCAUGCCACUGUGAACAGUUGAUUCAUGGUAUCUGAGAGGUACAGGGGGAGCACUGUCUCAAACAGCUUGUGGUCUUUGACUCUCCGCAUCGUCCUCUCUACCUGUCCCCUCAGCUUUGCAAUGAUCCAUGUCUCACCCUCCUUCACCUUGCGCCCUGCAGGCAUCUGUGUGUCCUUUGACCAGGAAGAUGGCCAGUGGAUGUUGCAAUGGCUGUGUCUGAGGUGAGUAAGGGAACAAUUCCACACUGCUGGAAUAUCUCCUUAUCACUUUCCAGAUCCAAGGAUAAAGUGCAGAUAGAAACAUGACUGCGCCAUGUGGUGCCAUCCCCACAUCCCAUUGAAGGUGGAGGAAGACUCUUCACUGUACCGCUAAUAGGAAGAUGGUGUGUGGCAGCGGAGCUCUGUGA